AUGAGAUUACCGUUGUUGGGCCUGCUAUUAGGCCUCUUGUCGUUUGUGUCGGCCUUGUCAGCUUCCGGCAGCAAGCUGCUGGUUGUGAUCGAAGAUGAGGCCGACAAGGGCAAGUACUCGCAGUUCUGGACCGACCUUGAGAACAGAGGCUUUCAAAUAACGUACCGAUCGCCAAAAGACGCCUCCCUCUCCCUCUUCCUCCACGGCGAACCAGCGUACUCCCACCUACUACUCCUCCCCGUCAGAGCGAAAGGACUGGGCCCAGCUCUCACCCCGAACCUCCUCGUCGACUUUGUCAACGGCGGCUCCAACAUCCUUCUCGCACUCUCUGGUGAACAGAGCGUCCCUAGCGCGAUCAGCAGUCUGCUACUCGAAUUGGACAUCAACCUGCCGGCUGACAGGACGAGCUUGGUCGUUGAUCACUUCAACUACGAUUCUAAGAGCGCGGCUGAGAAGCAUGAAGUGGUCUUACUCCCAAGCCCAGUGUUGAAGCAGGGCGUCAAGAAUUACUUCAGCGUGGAUGGCUUGAUUGCUUUCCCACGGGCUGUUGGACAAGUCUUGGGUAACGCUUCUCCGCUGCUCGCUUCGGUGGUGAAGGCGCCAUCAACAGCAUACGUCUACAACCCCAAGGAGGAAGGCGAGAGUGUCGAAGAUCCAUUCGCGACUGGCUCUCAGAUCAACAUUGUCUCGGCGUUCCAGGCCCGCAACAGCGCUCGCUUCACCGUCCUGGGCAGCGCAGAAGCAUUGGAAGACAAAUGGUUCGGUGCAUCUGUCCAGCUUCCAGUCCCUGGCUCAAAGGCUGAAAAGUCAAGCAACAAGGCGUUUGCGCAGAAGCUGUCUGCCUGGACAUUCAAAGAGCUUGGUGUGUUGAAUGUUGGACAGAUCCAGCAUUACCUCAAUGAGGGAUCGCAGAAGGGCAUCAGCAAUACCAGCGAGGUUGCGUCGAUCGAUGUGAACCCCGAAAUCUAUUGCAUCAAGAACGAUGUGCACUACUCUAUCGAACUUUCAGAGUGGGAGAUUGACCAUUGGGCACCAUUCUCCCCACCUGAGGGCGACAGUCUCCAGCUGGAGUUCAGCAUGCUGUCACCUUUCCACAGACUGAACCUGCAGCCGAAAGCACAGACCGCCAACAGCACUAUCUAUACGACUGAGUUCAAGCUGCCAGACCAGCACGGCAUCUUCAACUUUUUUGUCGAAUACCGACGACCUUUCCUUACCAACGUCGAAGAGAAGCGUACGGUCACCGUACGACAUUUCGCACACGACGAAUGGCCAAGAUCGUUCGUCAUUUCAGGCGCCUGGCCAUGGAUCAGUGGCAUCUGGGUGACUGUCGGCGGCUGGAUUGUAUUUGUUGCGCUCUGGCUUUACAGCAAGCCUGCGGAGCCAAAGGUGAAGACUAGAUGA